AUGGGUUCGGGGCGGGUUGAGAAUCUCCCGGCUCAACUUCAACUCACAACAGUCAAAGUCAGUGUCAGUCAGUCAACAAAUAAAUCCUGUCGUCGCCUUCACCCUCCGCCCUUCUCACUCAAAACCAAGGCAGGUCACCAUCUGAAACACAGGUCACAAGGUCAAUCGGAACCCCCAUUCCUUCGGCGUAAUGAUCUCAUUUAGAAUUGUGCUGGAUUGUUUUGCUGCUGCUCUUCCUCCUGCCGUGGUGCUGCUACUAAUCCUAAGCUGAAUGAAGAACGACCCAAGUCGUCAUAAUUAAUUUUUCCAUACUGACCAACAAUUGAGGUUUCUUGACAUUUUGAAUGAAAAUCACUGAUGAUCAAGAGUAAAACUAAAACCUGUGUGUGAAUUGGAUUUAAAAUACUUCUCGGCUAUAUUUCAGCCGAUACUAUCAUCAAAUCAAAUCAACAAAUGAUGGACUCUGCGGCAACCUCCUCCUCCCGUUCGUCAGCUCGACUGACUCGUGAAGGGAUGAGGAGAUACCUAAAGGAACGGAAAGACUGUACCCUUACCAUCUUGCAUGCUAAAGUUGCCCAAAAAUCGUAUGGGAACGAAAAGCGUUUCUUCUGCCCCCCUCCCUGCAUCUACUUGGAUGGAGAAGGUUGGGAGAAGAAAAGAGAGAGUCUGGUCGCAUCCGGCGACACGGAACAAGGGUCCACUCUAUGCGCUUUUAUCGGAAUUGGAAACUCGGAACAAGAUAUGCAACAGCUCGAUCUCCAAGGGAAGAACUACUGUGCGGCAAAAACACUAUUCAUCUCUGAUUCGGACAAGAGGAAACAUUUUAUGCUUGGUGUCAAAAUGUUUUAUGGGAACGGGACCGAAGUUGGUGUCUUUCAAUCUAAACGGAUCAAAGUGAUUUCAAAACCCUCCAAAAAGAAGCAAUCUCUAAAGAAUGCAGAUUUGUGUAUUGCGUCGGGCACAACGGUCGCUCUGUUCAAUCGACUUCGUUCCCAAACCGUGUCCACCCGCUAUCUCCAUGUGGAGGACGGUAAUUUCCACGCCUCGUCCACACAAUGGGGAGCUUUUACAAUUCACCUUUUGGACGACGAAGAGUCAGAAAGUGAAGAGUUUAAUGUGCGAGACGGUUACAUUCACUACGGAUCAACCGUGAAACUAGUCUGUUCCGUCACUGGAAUGGCACUUCCACGACUCAUUAUUCGGAAAGUGGAUAAACAAACGGCCCUUUUGGACGCGGACGACCCCGUCUCCCAACUUCACAAAUGUGCUUUUUAUCUUAAAGAUACAGAAAAAAUGUACUUGUGCCUCUCGCAUGAAAAGAUAAUUCAGUAUCAAGCUCACGUCGCAGGGAAAGAUCCAAAUAAAGAAGUCAUCACGGAUGGAGCAUCGUGGACAAUUAUCUCUACGGACAAGGCAGAGUAUCAAUUCUUCGAGGGGAACGGCCCAGUCUCCUCCCCAGUCAGUCCCGUCCCAACCGUGCAGAGUCUGAAUCUUAACGGCGGAGGGGACGUCGCAAUGUUAGAACUCAAUGGGGAGAGCUUUGCCCCCAAUUUAAAAGUUUGGUUUGGAGAAGUUGAAGCUGAGACGAUGUAUCGAUGCACGGACUGCAUGUUAUGUGUUGUUCCCGAUAUUUCCCUCUUUCGCGAAGGGUGGCAAUGGGUUAGAGUUCCCACGCAAGUCCCGGUGUCCUUGGUGAGGGAUGAUGGAAUCAUUUAUGCAACAGGACUCACCUUCGUCUAUACUCCUGAACCUGGGCCCCACCCGCAUAGCCCGAGCAUUGAUGCCGUGAUGAGGGCCCGAAACCCCAAUGGGGUUUCAGGUGUUGGAGGAGGAUCCUCGGCUUCUACGGCAAACAACUCCUCCAGCUCAAUAUCUUCAUAUGCUCUUCCCAGCGGAAACUCUAUACCCCUGGACGCUAACAGCGUCACAGUGACGAGUGGAAACAUCAAAUUCAAUUAUAGUUUAACGAGAACGCUUUCCUAACGAGAUGCCAUAUACUACCAAAAUAAAAUUAUGAUUAAUUUUAUUUUUUAAUUUAUUAUUAUUACCUGAUCUGAAGUAAUGCAUACUAUUAUUAUUUUACUAUAUGGUUCGUUAUGUUCGUCUGUCUUUUAAAAUAUUAAGUGGACAAUGAGGAAUAUAUUUUUGUUACGUUCUUUUACUUUAGAAUUUGUUCGAUUUUUAAUUGUUGACUAUUGUACAAUGCAAGUGGCCUUCCUAGUAUAUGUUGUAUGUGUAAUCAAUGAUGUCGACUAAAAAUGACGAGUUGAAUGGAAAAUAAUUAGCGAUGCGAGCAUGUUAUUAUUUAUAUGUAUGGAUGAUAUCAAUGGAGAAAUAGCAAUCAUGUAAACUCAUAGAAAUAAAUUAAACUCGAAAAUUA